AUGUUGGGCACAUGCAAGGGCCCGAUAUGGCGCAAAGAUGAUUUCAGCUAUUGCUUCCAAGUCGACUAUCUUCAGAUCCUCCUUCCUCUCUUGACAUGCGCCCUGUCGCUUGUCGUGAUCACGGCGAAAGGGACCCUGCGCACAUGGCGGCAACGCAAGCAGAAACAAGCAGGUCCUUCGGCGAGGCAACAGCUAGUCGAAGUUGAUGAAGACGAAGACAGUGCAGAAGAUAGCAUUUCCGAUCUCACUCUCCAGAAGACUAUCAGCCAUGCUAGCCAUGCUCGCCAUUCUAUUGUUGAUGUCGACCGACCCAAAGGCGAGACUUAUCUAGUCGCAGUCGAAUUGAUUGCGCUGUUGGCGCAGGUCGGCCUGUCAAUUGCGGAACUGUCAUCUGCACGAACAUGGGACUCGAAGCAUUGGGCGCACGCAGCGACUGCGAACUUGGCUGUCUGGAUCUACAUCACAGCCCUUGCCUGCCUGAGGUUCUUGCAUUCCACAACCACAUGGAAGUUAUCGUUUUCGCGCUUGUGGAACCAUACUGCUCUUCUAUAUGGAGCACAGUGGCUCCUGCACGUCUGGAUCUUCCGCUCAACACUGAUCCACCCUGGCGGCCGUCUCUAUCGAUCUGUUACCAUCUCACAUUUCGCACUAACUUCUCUCUUGAUGAUGAUCGCCUUGUGCUCGCGAAAGGGCAAUCAAAGCGUCUUCCAGGAAUACGACGGCGACAUCGAACCUUCAAAAGAGCCCCUCGCAAGUCCAUUGUCCCUUGUGACCUUCAGCUGGGUUGAUUCGAUUGUCUGGAAAGGCUAUAAGAGACCAUUGGAACUCGCCGAUGUCUGGAAUGUCACAAUCAAGGACAAGGCCGAGCCUGUACUUGCCAGCUUCCGACAGGUCAAGAAGACUCAUAGCUUGGCUGUUCGAUUGCUUUUGCACUUCAAGCGGAAGAUUCUUAUUCAGGGUGCAUGGUCUAUGAUGGCAAGUUUCUUCCUUUUCAUGCCCACCCUGUUGCUCAGAGCGAUCUUGCAAUACCUCGAGGACUCCAAAUCUACGCCCGUCACAGCGGCGUGGCUAUAUGUUGUCCUACUCUUCGUGACUGGGCUUAUUCCCGCUAUCGGUGACGGUCAGUCGCUAUGGAUUGGGCGGAAGAUUACUAUUCAGCUUCGCGCCAUCAUCGUUGGCGAAAUCUACUCCAAGACGCUUCGGAGACAAGCUGCGUCGACGGCAGAUGCAGAGUCGAGCGCAGAGAACCCAACACCUAAGCUGGGUCUAUGGAAACGCUUGACUUCCAAAUGGCAUACGCCCCAAACCAAGACACACGAUCAUGUCAUCACACCAGAAGACUCGAAAGUGAAAACUCCUGAUGCGAUGGCCAGCAAUGGCACCAUCAUCAAUCUGAUGUCCAUUGACUCGUUCAAAGUGGCCGAGAUCUGCGCUUAUCUCCAUUUUCUGUGGGCUGCCGUACCUGUUCAGCUUGUCAUGGCUGUCUUACUUCUUUAUACCGUGCUUGGACUCAGCUCCCUGGCAGGCAUCGCACUGAUGGGUCUAGUGCUUCCGCUUAAUCUUUACAUCGCAAAGUCAUUCCAGGCAGCGCAGAAGCGGAUCAUGGCAGCCACUGAUAAGCGCAUUCACUCAACGAACGAGGUCCUCCAAAACAUCAGAAUUAUCAAAUACUUUGCCUGGGAGCAACGAUUCAAGGCCAAUGUUGAUAAAAAAAGAGCAGUCGAACUCUCGGCCUUGUGGAGGAAAUAUGUCCUGUGGUCACUCGCAGCUACCAUCUGGAGUGGAGUUCCUGUCCUGAUCACCUUCGUGUCGUUCUUGAUAUUUACGUUGGUGGAGAAGAGGCCCCUUGUUCCCUCGGUUGCUUUUCCGGCUCUGUCCAUGUUCUCUCUUCUCCGCAUUCCACUUGAUCAGCUGGCGGAUAUGGUGGCUCACGUGCAAGAAUCGAAGGUUUCCAUUGACCGCGUUGAAGAAUUCUUGAACGAAGAAGAGACAGAAAAAUACGUUCAGCUCCGUUCAUCAAGGCAUGAUCACCUUGCGGACACACGAAUUGCUUUGAAAGAUGCAACCCUGACUUGGGGUUCCAAAGGGUCCGAGACAAAUAAGGCUUCGAGUGACGGCUUCCGACUGAUCAACAUGAACGUGGACUUUGAAGUUGGCAAGCUUAAUGUCAUCGCGGGACCAACUGGCAGCGGAAAAACCUCCCUCCUUAUGGCUCUUUUGGGAGAGAUGAAGCUUCUGAACGGGACAGUCUAUAUACCUGGGGGUUACGUGAGGCAAGAUCUCAGGCCCGACCCCGAGACUGGCCUAACUGAGAGUGUGGCAUACUGCGCACAGCAGGCUUGGCUCGUCAACGCUACUAUCAAGGAGAACAUUCUUUUCGCCAGCGACUUUGAUGCGCAGAGGUACAAUGCGGUUCUCUCGGCAUGCGCGCUCGAGCGUGAUCUCGAGAUCCUCGAUGCAGGGGAUCAGACUCUUGUUGGUGAGAAAGGCAUCACACUCUCCGGAGGCCAGAAGCAGAGAAUCUCACUGGCAAGAGCGAUAUACAGUAACUCGAAGCACUUACUUCUGGAUGAUUGUUUAAGCGCCGUCGAUUCGCAUACCGCGAAGCACAUUUUCGAGCAAGCUCUGACCGGCAUUCUAAUGAUUAACCGAACUUGUAUUCUAGUUUCACACAACAUCGCCCUGACGGUUCCAGAAGCAUCGUUCGUUGUGGUUCUCAACAAUGGCAAAAUCGUCAGCAAGGGCUCUGCGGAAGAUGUGGUGGCUAGCGGUGCUUUUGGCGACGACCUCAGGUCGCGACCUGGCUCGCAAGCUACCUCUGCUGUUCCUUCGAGAGUCCAGUCAUCGGUCGGGCUUUCGCAGCGAGCAAAUGCUCAGGCGAAAGAAAAUGGCAAUGCGGUUCCUGGUGGGAUUCCUGGAGAUGACUCGCAAGGUCCAAAAUCCGAUGCACAGUUCGUGGACCAUCGAAUCGAGACAAAAGCAACUGGCAGCGUCAAAUCCACAACAAUCAAGAUGUAUCUUCAGGCGAUGGGCCCUUGGUACUACUGGAUCGUCGCAGUCAUGGCUUUCAUUGCAACCCAACUUGGCUCUGUGGCGACGAACGUAUGGAUCCGUCAAUGGGCCAACGCAUACCACACCUCUAGCACAGGGAAUUACUACGCCCAUGCUUUCUCAAAGUUCAGCACAUAUUCGACCACAGAUGCUCUUGGUCUGCAGGCCGUACAUGUUCCUCAACCAAGCACGAGCUUCCAGCCGUCGAGUUCUUCCCCAUUCGGCGUCGAUGUUGCCUACUACCUCGGCAUCUAUGCUUUACUUGGGAUCUUAUAUGUUGGUAUUUGUAUAUCGAGGGAGUUGGUCUUGUUCUGGGGCUCGCUUGCUGCAUCACGAAAGAUACACGAUCGGCUUCUGUCCAGUAUACUUCGAGCCAAGUUCCGAUUCUUCGACUCGACGCCGCUCGGGCAGAUGACGAACCGCUUCUCCAAAGAUGUGCAGUCCGUUGAUCAAGAAGUUGCGCCUGUGGCUAUAGGGAUGAUCCACAGCGCAGCUUCAGUGGUUACAAUCGUGGUACUGAUUUCUACCAUUACGCCUGGCUUUUUGGUCCCGGGCGUUUUCAUCGGCUUGAUGUAUGUUGCCACCGGUAUGUUGUACAUUAGGUCUUCUCGGGACCUUAAGCGAAUCGAGGCAGUCCAGCGAAGCCCGCUGUUCCAGCACUUUGGUGAAACUCUCAGCGGAGUCGUUACCAUCCGUGCCUAUGGCGACGAAGCGCGCUUCAUGCAGGACAGCCAGCAUCGAGUCAACACCCACAACCGGCCUUUCAUCUAUCUUUGGGCUACCAACAGAUGGCUGGCCUUCCGAAUGGAUACCGCAGGCGCUUUCGUCUCGUUCUUUGCCGGAGUAUUCGUCGUCGUUAAUGCCAACACGAUUGAUGCUGGUGCUGCUGGGUUGGCCUUGUCUUAUGGAAUCACUUUCAGUCAGAAUGUUUUGUGGCUCAUCCGUCUUUACGCGGCUAACGAACAAAAUAUGAACUCUGUCGAGCGCAUCCAAGAAUACAUCGACGUAGAACAAGAGGCGGACGCGAGAGUCCCUGAGAACGCGCCAGCAGCAAAUUGGCCGGCUCGAGGAUCUGUCGAAUUCAUCGGCUACGGCACUCGCUACAGGAGUGAUCUGGAUCAAGUACUCAAGAAUGUGACUUUCAAGAUCGCCCCCGGUGAGAAAGUGGGCGUGGUUGGUCGUACCGGCGCCGGUAAGAGCUCGCUUGCUCUAGCAUUAUUCCGCGGCCUCGAAGCAGAAAACGGCAGCAUCCUCAUCGACGAGGUGAAUAUUGGUCUCAUCGGCCUCCAGGACCUUCGUGAGGCAAUUACCAUUGUUCCCCAAGAUCCGACGUUGUUCUCGGGGACGCUCAGAAACAAUCUCGACCCGUUUGAAUUAUUCACAGAUGAAGAGAUUUUCACCGCGUUGAGGAAGGUUCAGCUCAUAUCGGAUGCCGACGAGCUAUCACGAUCUGCCACUCCCAACCCCUCUAGCCAGGCCUCGACUAUGGUUGGGGAUCCAAGCCAACGAGACUCGUCUCAACAGAGCAGUGGCACCAUCUCAUCCGACUUGACACUUGCUCGGGCCAUGACGAACUCCAAGGAGAACAGAAAUAUCUUCCUGGAUCUGUCGACGCCCGUAGCCGAGUCAGGCUCUAAUCUGUCCCAAGGUCAGAGACAAUUGCUCUGUCUUGCCCGAGCACUGCUCAAAUCGCCCAAGGUAUUGGUCAUGGAUGAAGCCACCGCUUCCAUCGACUAUGCCACGGACACACGUAUUCAGAACACGCUACGGGAGCUCAAGAACCACACUCUGAUCACCAUUGCGCACCGGCUGCAGACUAUCAUUGACUACGAUAAGAUCUUGGUGCUAGACAAGGGUGAAGUGGUAGAAUAUGCUGACCCAUGGGAGCUCCUCCAGCAAGAGGGCGGGUCAUUCAGAAGCAUGUGCGAAACGAGCGGUCACUUUGAAUCGCUCAUGGAGUUGGCGCAGAAGUCAUGGCAGGAGCGGCGGCUAAUUGAUGAUUCAUAG